AGAGAGACACGCUCCAGCAUCGUAAAUUAAGAUUGUAGAUUGGUAACUUAACCCUUUAUGUCACUAGGUAUAUAACUCGUAAUAGAAUAAUACUUUGUACCAUGCAUCGUACCAGUGUCGGUUCUGGUAUUUCCACCUGUCCUUGUGAAGAACUUGAAUCGCUGGCGCCUGACAUGCGUAUACUACUGAGAUUUUCUCCUGAUUUCAUUUGCGGAUCUGAAUCUGACAGAACCUGUUUGACGACAUUGCGUCAGACUGUUGCCUUAGACGCCUUGAAGGACUUUUAUCUUAUUUACACACCAGUGAUAUCCCGAUAACGGCCACAACGGAAUACCAGGAAUGCAAAGAUCUCAGGUUAUGCCAAAUAUGUGCACUCACAUCGAACGGUAGCGCUCUGCGCCAGAACGCCAAACUCUCCCUGACAUGUGACUUGUGGGUCACAAGGAAUUCUCCCUACAAGCCUAUUUUUUUGUUACAUGCACAUCAUGGUGACAUUCAUUGUGUUUCUGGUUCACUAUAUCUUGAGGAGAAAUGCAUAUCUCACGUUUUAUCCUUUCCCUCUUGAAGACGUUAUGCAUUUGCGUCAUAUUCAGUUUUCACCACAAGGGGGCGUCUCUGUUAGUCUGAGCAGCAGUGACUUGCAUUGCAGACAUUGUUGAACGACGUCCACUUUGAACCAUGAUUCGGUCGUGGUCUGCUGCAGGUACCCUGGCAUUGACUGCAGCUACAAUCAUUAACCUUUAAACAGGAAUAUCCAAUAGCCUGACAGUACAUUUAAAGGUGAGAUGCAGAUGCACAGACACGGCAUAUUUUCUUAUUUUACAACUGACCUUUCUUUCUUGAAAUCGGUUUUCAGUGUGCCGGGAGAGUUUCUUCCAUCAUUACUUCCCUCCAAAACAAUAUAUAUGCUUGGAAAGAGAUUAUUCGUCAUAUAUAUAUAUAUAUACGGUUUGAAAUGAGUUACUGUAGUAUGAAUAGUUUAACACUAUAAAUAAAACCAACAAUUUUUUUGGCCUACACACAACACAUCCUGUCUGCAACACAAAAACUCUUGCAUCCUCCUCGACGAUGAGAGCUGUGACCUCAACAUUUCAGCCUUUAUCGUUUUAAUACAUUAAAUCUGGUUAAAGGAAAUCCUUUCUGUCCUUUUAUCCUCUAUCCCAAGCUACUAAAACCUGCCUCUGUGCCACCAAAGUGGUCUGCGUUGCUUUUUGAGGGCCACGAUUUUAUUUGAAGUCCUUUCCAAACCCAACCAUCUCAGUGCCACAGACCCCAGGUCCUCUCCUCCAAACGGCAAGGGCCUGGUGGAACCAUUUGGGGUUUUUCCCCUUUCUUCUGCUGUUGAUCUAUCUACACCAACCCCACCCUCCACAAGGCUAGCAGCAGAAAGCGGGGGUCUCCUCCACUGGUGGAAGGGGGGUAGGAAUCCACUCCGGUUCUCCUGCCUGUUUGUUCAGGAUCCUGUGCUUUGUCUGCCGGAGCAGCAGCAGCAGCAGCAGCAUCAGCAGUUGAUCAACUCACCCGUCCGCCUAAUCCCCUGCGCUCCAGCGCUGUGUGUGUACUUGCCCGUAGGGGGCUGCCUGCUGCUGUACUGGUCUGGUUGCUCUGGAGACUCCACACUGGGCGUGUCCUAAUUCCCCCCUGGGAUCCGUUUCUUGUUUUCCAUCCGUCCCAGAGUUUUGGAAGGCGGCUGAAAGUUCACAGGCACUUCUGCGGCGUGCAACGCAGAGAGAGCGCAGAGUGAAGGGGGUUUGUCUGCACUGCAGUGGAACUCGGAGUGUUCACAGCUCAACUUCAGCCCCAGAAGAAAAGGGAGAGGAAGAAGGAGAAGCAGGAAUCUGUGUUUUGGAUGUUGCAACCCAUAAAUAGCUAGUAGAGGGAAUGGCUUUGUCUGCGGUGAGGCCAGCCCUGCACAAACUCUUUUAUUUUUUUCCGUUUUCCCCUGCAUGUGUGGGGAAAGUAGCGGAGCAUGUUGGAUGGUGAGGAACCCACUAGUCUGCGUGGGUCUGCAGUGUAAUGAACUCAAGGCUCGCAGGUGCCAAGGCUUUGCUUGCAACUCGUUUGAAGUCUCUCUUUUUUUUUUCAUGUCAAAGGUGAAGGAUUAUGCGUUGUGUUGGAAUUCCGCCCGGAAAAGAAAAGGAAUCAGUUUCAAAACUACCCGAUAGGGAAGGAAAAACCAAACCUGGAGACUUGAGGAAUCGUUCUUUGUGUUGAUCUGCGCUCCUCACGUCUGACUGAGUACACAAACCAGGGAGUGAGUGAAUGAAUGAAUGAAUGAAUGAAUGAAGUGCAAUGCUGCUGUUCAGCAGCCAGACAGUGGACGCUAUCAGCAGGGGACAAUCUUUUGGCCAACAACAGCAGCAACAACAACAACAGCAGCAGCAGCAGCAGGAACAAACCCCCGUGUACCGCCAACUCUCAGCUCUGGGAGAUGAGCUAGUGUCAGGGCUCGUCAUGGGCCGGGUCACCCGCACCCUCGUGGAUGACUGCCAGCGUCUCCGGGGAGAGACACGCGCUGGAGCCAUGCCAGGGGACGAUGGCCCCGGGCUGGGGAGGGCAGGGCCCGACGCGGGCAGGUGGCCCUCCCUGGGACGCGCAGCCAGAGCCGCCAGGAGGCAGAGGGAGGAAGUCGUCAUGGAGGAAGACGAGGAGGAGGAGGAGGAGGAGCAGCAGGAGAAGAAGAAGGUGGAGGAAGAGGGGGGAAGAAUGAGGACGGACCGGUUUUGCCGCCAGCCCUCCGAGAACCCCACCGACUCCUCGUUCUCGCGCGCGGACGCCGAAGACGCCGCACUCGAGCCGGAGACCCAGGGAUCGCCCGGGGGGAGGCGCGCGGGCCGCGGCCCAGCGUCGAGCACCGCGUCGGCCCGCGGGGAGGAGGAGCGUACGGCGGGCGGCGACGCCGGCGUGUUGUCGGGACACAGCUCCCUGCCGCGCGCCGUGCUGCGGCGGCCCCGCCCGGACCAGGCCCUGCCGGCGGGGAGGAGAUCGCUGAGCAUGUACGGGGAGUUCUUCAGACCCAAGCGGGGCUCCCAGUCGGCCGAGGACGACCCCCCGCGCCGGCCCCGGAGCGUCUGCACGCCGACGGGAGUGGCGACGCCGCCCUCGCUGGAGGCCGGACCCUCGCCGCCGGGAGGAGGAGGUGGGGGCGUUGUCGCGGACGACGCCGGCCCGCCCCGGAGCAGGAGGGCCGAGCUGAGGGCCGUGGACGGCCUGAAGCCUCUCCUGCCCUGUUACCGGCCCCCGGACAAGGCCGCCGAGCCCGGGCCCCCUGGGGCCCCCCGAGGACGGACCCGGAGGCCCCGGCCCGUCAGCAUGACGGUGCUGGAGCUGAAGAAGAAGAGCUGCGAGGACGAGCCGGGCCGCCGCGGCGAAGGCGCGGACGCAGACGCGGGAGGGUUCUUCCACUUCCGCUGGAGGCUAUUUGGCAAGGCACCACCGGUGCCGCCGCCGCCGCCGCCUGAGCCUCAGGACAACAGGGACAAGCAGCAGGACGACAGGGAGUCGAACCCGCCACACAGGUCUGACAAAAUGGAGGCGCCGCCGAAGAAGACGCUGGGUUCACUGCGGCGGAGCCUCAGCCUGCGGAUCCGGAGGAGCGGACGCCCCCGGGAGGACGCCGGCCCGGGGGCGGGGGCGGGGGCGGAGACGUCCCGGCCCGCCCCAGGGCGGGACUCGAGCGUGCCCCCGCGACCUUUCUCGUACCUCACCGGAAGGACCCUGCCCCCCCGCCGGAACCAGGGGACGCAGGCGGCGGCGGCGGCGGCGGCGGCGGCAGCGGCGGCGGGGGGGACGCAGGUCAUCCAGUACCAGCGCCAGGGGAAGGUGAAGGUGAUGGAGGUGCCCCCCUUUUCCCCGGCCAGGCUGGGGUCCGGGUCUGUGGGGGGGGGGCCGGCCGCCCCGCAGGAGGAGGCCAGCAUAUGGCAGCUCAUAGCCAACCGCUUCAGGAGGAAGGAGCAGCCGACCGCCACGGCCGGGGUCAGACCCCGUGAAGCCCAACGGCCCCGGGGCGGAGACACGGGCCGCCGCGCCCCCGGGGGGGACAGGAGUCAGCCGGUUACCAUAGCGAUGCUGGAAGGCGUAAACGCCGGCAAAGGUCAAGAUUCCUUCGUCAACAGCCAAGAAUGGACACUGAGUCGAUCAGUUCCAGAGCUGAAAGUGGGCAUUGUGGGUAAUCUGUCCAGCGGGAAGUCUGCUUUGGUCCAUCGCUACCUGACUGGCACAUACGUGCAGGAGGAAUCUCCCGAAGGUGGUCGAUUCAAGAAGGAAAUCGUGGUGGACGGACAGAGCUACCUCCUCCUGAUCAGAGAUGAGGGAGGGCCUCCAGAAUUACAAUUCGCCGCCUGGGUGGAUGCGGUGGUGUUUGUCUUCAGCCUGGAGGACGAGAUCAGCUUCCAGACCGUCUACAACUACUUCCAGCGUCUGUCCAACUACAGGAACACGGCGGAAGUUCCCAUGGUGCUGGUGGGAACGCAAGAUGCCAUCAGCGCCGCCAACCCCCGCGUGAUCGACGACUCGCGGGCCAGGAAGCUGUCCAACGACCUCAAGCGUUCGACGUACUACGAAACCUGCUCCACCUACGGCCUCAACGUGGAGAGAGUCUUCCAGGACGUGGCCCAGAAGGUGGUGGCCCUGAGGAAAAAGCAGCAGCUGUCCAUCGGCCCCUGCAAGUCCCUGCCCAACUCCCCCAGCCACUCGUCUGUCCCCUCGGCGUCCAUCCCUUCGGUCCACAUCAACCAGGCGGCCAACGGUGGGGGGGCCUUCGGCGACUACUCCUCCUCGGUGCCCUCCACCCCAAGCAUCAGCCAGCGGGAGAUGCGCAUCGAGACCAUCGCCGCCUCCAACACGCCCACGCCCGUCCGCAAGCAGUCCAAGCGCCGCUCCAACAUUUUCACAUCACGGAAAGCCAGUGAACAGGCAAAGAGCGUUGACAGUAAAACUGACAGCAUAGGCAGUGGGAGGGCCAUCCCCAUCAAGCAGGGGAUCCUUCUGAAGCGAAGUGGAAAAUCCCUGAACAAGGAGUGGAAGAAGAAGUAUGUCACACUGUGUGAUAACGGACUCCUCACUUACCACCCCAGUUUACAUGACUACAUGCAGAACGUCCACGGCAAAGAGAUCGACCUGCUGAGGACCACGGUGAAGGUCCCGGGCAAGCGGCCCCCCAGGGCUGUGGCCACCGUGGCCCCCACCGCCAGCCCCAAGACCAACGGACUGACCAAGGACCGCAGCGCCCUGCAGCUUGGCCUGGGCACCACAGGGGCCCCCCACUCCAGCAGCAGUACGUCCCUCCAGUCGGGGGUCCUGGGAGGCGGCGGGAAGGAGGGCAUGCACCAGCGCUCCUUCUCCGUGUCCAGCGCCGACCAAUGGAACGAAGCGGCCAUCAACCCGGGCACCGGCCCCGCAGCUCGGAGGAGAAGGAGUGCUGGAUCCGGGCCAAGUACGACCAGAAGCUGUUCCUGACGGAGCCGCCGCUGUCGGACGUGCCCCUGGGCCAGCAGCUGCUGCGGGCCGUGGUGGAGGACGACCUGCGGCUGGUCGCCCUUCUUUCUGGCGCCACGGGAACAAGGAGGAGGUGAACGAGACGUUACGGCGACGGGGACGGACGCACGGCCCUCCACCUCUCCUGCUCCAUGGCCAACGUGGUCGUCACGCAGCUGCUCAUCUGGUACGGCGUGGACGUGACGAGUCGUGACGCGCGGGGCCAGACGCCGCUGUCGUACGCGCGCCGCGCCGCCAGUCAGGAGUGCAGCGACAUCCUGCUGCAGCACGGCUGCCCCAACGACGCCGCCGCCGUCGCCCCGACGACCGACGCCGCCGACGCCGCCAACCGCAACCCCGGCGGCGCCAACCCCAACAUCAACAACAACAACGCGCAGUGCGAGCUCAACCGCAGCAUCAGCAUCAUGUAGGACGCGGCGGCGGAGAGACGUCGUCUGCAGUACGGACACAGUGUGUCUUAAACACACACUCUCCCCCCCCCCCCCCCCGUCUCCCCCCCCCCCGCCCUCCCCCCCGCCUCCCCUCCCUACAUCGCCCAAACUGUACAGCCCCCUACCCCUACCCCCGGUAACACAAAGAGACCACUGUCAGAGACAACAGACCUAAUGCUGAAGCUCCACGUCGCUACAGAGUGUUUAUUUGGUUUCUUUUUUUAACACAGGUGAUCUAGCGGGCACUUGCAGAAGUGUUGUCUUCGACGACGAUGUUGUGCAUUGUUAAUAAUGUGUGUGUUUCUUUGUUUAGCUGUGCCCAUGACUUGGGGAGGGAGGGAGGGAAGGGGGGGAAAACAAACCUGGUCCGAACCAGACCACGAUCGGCUUUAAGUAUUCAUUUUUACGUUGGUUUUUUUCGUCGUUUCGUUUUGUUUUAUUUAAAGCUUCAACCAAACGAGUGAGGUUUUAGCGUGGAAAAGGUUUAUGUUUUAACACUUGAACAUUUCUGUGUAAGUCUUCCACCUGUAGAGCCCAACUGAAUAGAGUUCCAAUGCGUGUUACAAACUAAAGCUUCCCUUGUUCAUUCCCAGCCUUCCAAACUCUUAAUAUCAAACAGCUAAGAUAAUUAAGGGGCAGCAUAUAGUCAUUUAGGGUAAGAGUGCGCCACAUCUUCUGCGAUAGACAUUUCUUUUGCAAAUCGCAAAUUAAGGCUUCAAUUACGACGCACAACUUUGACCCAACUCUCAAACUCUUGACGCGUUCAUUCAUAUACAAAGGCAAAGCAAUUAUAGAUAAUGAAUAAAAGUCUGCAUUAUUCAGAUGCACAACACACACGUAGGCACGCGGGGGGGGGGGUGGGGGGGGGCACGCAGCAUAAGAGAGCUGAUUGCGUGAGGCCCAUCGGGUGAAAGAGAGUCAUUUCCCCCGUCCACCCUUAGCGUGAUCUUCCUCCAGAUCUUCUGUGAUUAUAAAGGAAUUAAGGGUGGCCAUGUUUUAUGACCGUAGAGCCUCGUGGCUCUGUGAAGAUGCCCCCUUCAAAUCAAAUCUCAUUCGCCUGGCGCCGCUGAUUGAAAGAAGGAAACGGUACUAUUAUGGACAUCUUUGUCUGAGUAAUUUGUAGAUUGAACGGAUUGUGUUGAUGAUUUCCUUGCUCCGACGGAAGACGCACACUCACUCAUCGGAUGCGAUGGACACCUAAUUGGGUAUCUUUCCACCUCUCGCUGCAGAAGGCCUGACAUUGAUGCACUACAAAAGAAUUUGCUCUAUUGUUGCUGUGAAGUAUAUGGUACUGUGUGUCUGUGUGUGUGCGUAGUGUGCGGGCUUCCCUGUGUGUAUCCAUCUUUGUGGCUCCUGUGCAAGUGUGCACAUUUUACGGCAGAAAGUGCGCAAACAUUUUUGUGGCGGGAAAAAACAGCGGAGAUCAGGUUCUGGCGGCGUUCCGGGAGCAGGGUGGCGUGCUCAUGUACGAAGGGCUGUUCUUCUGCGCCGCAGGUCUCACCCAGACUGUUAAGCGAGUUGUUAAGAUAAUGCUUGCUUCCCUUAAGCCUUUAGGGUCAACCCAGUCGUUGACAGGCUCGUGCUCUUACAACUGCUCCUCCCAUCACAGCCUUAACCCAGACACGGUGAGCAAACUCAUCCAGGUACUGAACCCAAACUAUGUUGAUGUUCGGAUAACAUGAUAAUGCUAGAAGAGCGAAGAAGUAGGUAAAGGAAGGGUGUAUGUGUUGGCGACAUGAGCUCCAUGUUGCUGGAAAACACAAUUUUUGAAAUUUGAAAUGAUUCAGAUUCUUGAAAUGGACUUGGCAUGUUUAUAGUGUUGUUGUUUUUCUUAACUGCAAUUGAAUCGUUUAAACCGGCUUUUAGGUUUUUAUGGGUUUACAAUGUCAGUGUUUAUGUUUACAGAGAAACGUUUUAACUCGGUACCCUGUUAACACAGUGAGGCUCCACUUGCUAGCAUUGUGUUUAAACUAUAAUAUUCAGAUUUUGUCAGUAAAUACAAUUUUAGAUUAUUUUAAGCUAAUAUUUGAAUUGAUUAAUUUUUUUUUUUUAAAUGGACACGAAUUGGCACAGGUAUAUAUUUCUUCACUGGGUCAAAUAUAUUGAAAUCUUUUCAAUUUCGAACUUGAGGAGCUAAACUUUUUUUUUUUAAUGUUAUCUAAAACAGAAUUCAAAUGCCACACAGAAAGCUCCUUUCUCUUCAACAUUUCACAAACGUUUCAAAAAAUGGCUGCUGCCCUGAGAUGUGUUAAAGAACAAAAGGACUCUUUUCAGUGUGAAAUAUUACAUUUAGUUUGUUUUUUUGAUAUACGUUUGCUUUAUUUGCCAGCACCUUUUAAUGACUGUGCUAUGAAUUUAUUUAUUCUUUAUUGACCUGAGUUCGCCUGAGCUGAGUCAAUAGACAUGAACUUAAGUCAACAAAGUAAAAUAAGUGUCCAAUAAGUUUAGUUGUUUCCCCCAAAAUAGUGCAAUAAUACACAUACUUUAUCAGACAUGCCUUUGACAGGUCAUACCAUACAAUGUUUUAGGAGACAUUUUGGCCCAUUCAUCUUUCAACGUUUUUCGUUUUUUUUACAUAUACUGUAUAUGUUUAUAUUUGCUCUCCUUGUUUUUUGCAUAACUGAAAGGUACUUCAUUUUGGUCUGCGGCUCCACAUAAGCUGACGAAUCUUUGGUACUUGUGUAUACUGAUGUACAUUUGACAUAUUUAUAAUGCAGUUUGUAAAUAUCCUUUUUUUUAUUUUAUUAUGUUUGGUUUCGUCUAUUUCAUUUUACUGUUGUUUAAUCCUUUUACUUUUACGUUCAGAACGUGGAUAAAAAGGCAGAAGCUCGAGUCGUUUGUUGUAUGCUUGGAUGCUUGGUUGUCCUUUGACCCGUAAUAAACCCUUAAAUAAAACAAUGUAGCCUUCCCUAGGCUUUGGGAAAUAAUUAAAAUGCAACCGUGUAUACUUUA